GUGGUGGUGGUGGUGAAGGAGGAGGAGGAGGAGGAGGAGGCGGCGGAGGAGGCGGCGGUGGUGGUGCCGCUGGCUGCCGCCGACGCCGACCGAGGAGAAGAGAGGAGACGAGACGAGACGAGACACAGAGUAGCCGCCGGCGCCGCCGCCGCCCCCGGGGGAGGUUUCAUUUUUCAUAUUUAUCUAGAAAGGAAUUGACCUGGGUUGGAUUGAAUUUUAGAGCACAGGAGGUAAAUAGGCAGUUAAGUCUAGUAGGAUAUUGGACUGGGUAUACUAGACUGCCCCACUGCCAUUCACUUCAUUUAUCUGUAUCCCUUUCUGAGUGUUGAGGAAUGUUCUCAGACAGAAGAGAGGCAAGGACAUGUUUUCUGAAAUUUUAAGAUUCAAAUUGUCUCCUUCUUUCUCUUCCCUCCCCUCUCUCAGAGAUGAUUUGGGAGGCACCUGGACCUGAAAGAUGCAGUUACUAGUAUGGAUCCUUCAAUGACUUAAUCCUUCAUGGCAACUGACUGGAAAAGCAGAUGCAACUUCAAGUGGCAGGCUGAGGAAGUGUGUGUGUCUGUGUUUGUGUGCGCGUAUGUAUAUUUAAUACUGUGUACAGCUAGACAUAUAUAUACAUAAGGACAUAUACAUACGCACACAUUUACAGUAACGUAUGCACUCACUUUGGCCCCCUCUCAAAAGUCUUACAACUGAUGAACAUAAAUUUAAGAAUCAGAUGGGGCAUCUUGGCAACACUGGGCUCAGGAGUCCAGGGAGAAAAAUACAUUACUAAAAGUCAUCUUUCCAUAUGGUCUUCACAAGUGAAGGAAGUUUGCAAAAAGAGGAAAAAAAAUACUGCACAGAUCAAGUCCCAAAAAUACCUCUACUUUUAAAAGAAUGAGCUAAAUGAGAAGGUGACAGGGUUGAGGGAGGGGAAUCUGUCUUUUAGUAUCAUGUGUAUGAUCAUGUGCUGUCCUUGGCACUUUGUUUUUUCAAUGAGUUCAAUGAAUUGAACUCUUUUUAUUUUCUGGACUGGCUAUUGACCAUUACUCUGUGGUUAUGACUGGAAGAAAGUAAAUUCAGGAGUGAUGGAACAAGUUUGGACAUUGAACUGAUUUGUUUGCUUUUUUUUUCUUUUUGUUGAGAGUAUUUGUGAAAAUAUAAUUUAUUUCCCCUUUCUCUUCCUACAUCUAUAGGAUAAAUAUCUUAAAAUUGUAAUCUAAACCAAUAAUUAAAAAGCAGAGAUGAAGAGAAACCAAACAGUAAGUUUCCUUUUUUCUGGACUACAAGUGUGGCAUUUGGAGUAUCCUCUUUGAAUUUGAGCUGAAAAUUCAUCAGACAAGCUAUGAGACAUCAUCAGGGCAACAGUGGAAAAAAAGGAAAUCUGAUUUUUGUGUGUGUGCUUUUGUUUUAAGUAAUUAUUUUCCUCUCUUGAAUCCUAGAAGACUUGCAGAUGAGUGGGAGAUUACUUAUGUGCUUAAUUCUGGGACUUGUUUUUACAUCGGUAUGGAAAAAUACGUGAUCUUUGUAGCAGAAUAGGGGAAAAAUAACUGGGGGAGUUCAAAGUGGGGGUGGAAGUGGGGGAAGAAUCAAAACUGAAGUGUAGCCCUGUUUAAAAAGAGAGGACUUAUGAUUCACCCAAGGCAAAUGCUUUUUACUGUAUUAAAAGCUUUAGAGCAUUUCUGAUUCUGCUAAAUGAAAGAGGGAUUUUCUUUUUUGUGCCUCUAUGGCAGCAAGAAGUGAGGAAGCAGGCGAGAGAACGUGAUAAACAGUUCAGGGUAUGUUAAGUUCCAGAUUGGAAGCAAAGACCUGCCAUGAAUGCGGGACUGGCUUUGAAUUACAAAAGCCAUAGAAUCCAGUGGGUUUCCUGGUUCUGAAGGGAAGAGAAAACACCCUUUCUUUCCCAAAUUUGGACUGGUGUGCACCCUGCACAAGCUCUGGUCUGUUUUGCACGGUUUGUGUGCCUUUUUUUCCCUUUAUGCAAUCUUUUUCAGCUUUAGCAGCAGAAAUUUGUCUAGUUCAGAAAACAUGCCAGAGGGGGGCUCAGAAAAAAAGAUGAUUAUGUAUAUUCAAUUUCUGCGUUUGAACUCCUGAAGAGAAAAUCCAACUAGAGGAAUUCUUAAAGCCUUAAGUUACUUGAAAUCUACACAUUUGCAACCCUUUGUCUCUGGAAUCGUAUUACCCUAAACUGGAAUCUCAGGCUGUAUAAAGAUAAACAAGUUGAGCAAAAAGAAGACGCACCUGUUUCUUGAUCACCACUUCUUUAUCAUGCUGUUUCUCCAAAGGAAAAGUGAACCCUCAGUCUAAGGACUAGAAAAUAAAAAUGAAUCUGAAGUUUUUUUUAAGUGUUACUUUUUCUUAGCAGACUGCCAUCAUCUUUUAUAGAGGAAUUUUUCACUAUGCAUUUGGUGGAUAUUUAUAAAACACUGACCUUAUGAUGUGUUCCAGGUCAGUAUUUAUGAUUUAAAGGAGCAAAAACAAAAGCAAAUCAAACCAACAAAAAAGAAAUUGAUUUAAAUUUUCUGCACUAAACAUUAAUUUUUUUGUAAAAAUAUUAAUUAAAAAGCAUGUAUGCAGCAGUGGAACAUGGGCCUGUCCUUUGCAGCGAUUCAAAUAUUCUAUGCCUCUCCUGGAAGGGUAGAGUUCCUAAGAGUGAGAAAGAGAAGCCAGUGUGCAGGAGGCGGUAUUAUGAAGAAGGAUGGCUGGCUACUGGCAAUGGUCGAGGAGUUGUAGGGGUGACAUUCACUUCAAGCCACUGUAGGAGGGAUAGAAACACUCCUCAGAGAAUAAACUUCAACUUAAGAGGCCAUAACAGUGAGGUUGUGCUGGUAAGAUGGAAUGAACCAUUCCAGAAAUUGGCCACUUGUGAUUCAGAUGGAGGAAUAUUUGUAUGGAUUCAGUAUGAAGGCAGGUGGUCGGUGGAGCUGGUGAAUGACCGAGGGGCACAGGUGAGUGAUUUCACAUGGAGCCAUGAUGGAACUCAAGCUCUUAUCUCAUAUCGAGAUGGAUUUGUGUUGGUUGGUUCUGUUAGUGGACAAAGACAUUGGUCAUCAGAAAUUAAUUUGGAAAGUCAAAUCACAUGUGGCAUAUGGACUCCAGAUGACCAGCAGGUACUGUUUGGCACUGCUGAUGGGCAAGUGAUUGUUAUGGAUUGCCAUGGCAGGAUGUUGGCACAUGUUCUUCUUCAUGAGUCAGAUGGAAUCCUGAGCAUGUCCUGGAAUUAUCCCAGUUUCCUGGUAGAAGAUAGCAGUGAAAGUGACACAGAUUCUGAUGACUAUUCCCCACCUCAAGAUGGUCCAGCAGCAUAUCCCAUACCAGUGCAGAACAUCAAACCACUGCUUACUGUCAGCUUCACUUCUGGAGACAUUAGCUUAAUGAACAACUAUGAUGAUUUGUCUCCUACUGUCAUCCGCUCAGGGUUGAAAGAGGUGGUCGUCCAGUGGUGCACACAGGGAGAUUUGCUUGCAGUAGCUGGUAUGGAGAAACAGAACCAACUAGUUGAAAUUGCCAAUGGUACCUUUCUGAAGAGUGCCCUGGUCAAAUUCUAUAACGUUCGUGGAGAACACAUCUUCACACUGGAUACACCUGUGCAACGUCCCAUAAUCUCCAUUUGUUGGGGCCACCGCGAUUCACGCCUGCUUAUGGCAUCUGGACCUGCCCUGUAUGUGGUUCGUGUAGAACACCGGGUCUCUAGUCUUCAACUCUUAUGCCAGCAGGCUAUUGCCAGCUCCAUUAGGGAUGACAAGGACAUCAGCAAGUUAACCCUGCCACCAAGGCUGUGCUCAUACCUCACCACUGCCUUCAUUCCAACAAUUAAGCCCCCUAUCCCAGACCCCAACAACAUGAGAGACUUUGUCAGCUACCCAACUGCCGGUAAUGAAAGACUCCACUGCACGAUGAAACGUACAGAAGAUGAUCCCGAAGUGGGGGGCCCUUGUUAUACUCUCUACUUAGAAUAUCUUGGUGGAUUAGUACCCAUACUGAAAGGACGUCGUAUUAGCAAGCUUCGACCAGAAUUUGUCAUCAUGGAUCCAAAAACAGAUGGCAAAACAGAUGAAAUCUAUGGAAACAGUUUGAUUUCUACCAUGAUUGACAGCUGUAACUGUUCAGACUCCAGUGAUAUUGAGCUGAGUGAUGAUUGGGCUGCCAAGAAAUCUCCCAAAAUCUCUAGGGCUAGCAAAUCACCUAAACUCCCCAGAAUCAACAUUGAAGCCCGCAAAUCUCCAAAGUUAUCCCGAGCUGCUCAAGAGAUAUCCAGGUCCCCAAGGUUACCAAUUAGGAAACCUUCAAUUGGCUCACCAAGCCUAACUCGGAGAGAGUUUCCAUUAGAAGAUAUCACUCAGCACAACUAUCUUGCUCAGGUUACAUCGAAUAUCUGGGGAACCAAAUUUAAGAUUGUAGGUUUGGCUACUUUCCUGCCAACUAACCUUGGUGCAGUAAUCUAUAAAACCAGCCUGCUGCAUCUUCAGCCUAGACAGAUGACCAUUUAUCUUCCAGAAGUACGCAAGAUUUCCAUGGAUUAUAUUAAUUUACCUGUCUUCAACCCUAACGUUUUCAGUGAAGAUGAAGACGAUUUGCCAGUGACCGGAGCAUCUGGAGUACCUGAGAACAAUCCUCCUUGCACCGUGAACAUCCCCAUUGCUCCUAUUCACAGCUCAGCACAAGCUAUGUCCCCCACACAGAGCAUAGGGUUGGUGCAGUCCUUGCUUGCCAAUCAGAAUGUCCAGUUGGAUGUCUUAACUAAUCAGACAACAUCUGUGGGAGCAGCUGACCAUGCUAGUGAUAGUACCAUCCAGUAUCCAGUCUCCAGUAGGUAUUCCAAUCCAGGACAGGUGAUUUUUGGAGGAGUAGAAAUGGGACGAAUGAUCCAGGCACCUCCUCAACUCUCCCUCCCACCCCAAGGGGCAAUCCAGCUGUCUAUGGGGGAUCACGGUGACAGAGAACACGAGCACCUACAGAAGGCAACAAAGGCCCUGAGGCCAGUGCAGCAGCUGGCAGCAGAAGGGGAUGCUGUAGUCUUCACUACUACUCAAGAGAUCCAGAUGAAUAAAUUGAACCCACCACCCCCUUACCCAGGGACCAUCCCAGCUGCUCCCACCACUGCGGCACCUCCCCCUCCACUGCCCCCACCUCAGCCCCCUGUGGAUGUUUGUCUGAAAAAGGGAGACUUCUCUCUUUUCCCCUCUUCAGGACAUUACCAGACCCCUCUUGGCUAUGAGAGGAUCACCACCUUUGAUAGCAGCGGUAAUGUGGAGGAAGUGUGUCGGCCUCGGACUCGGAUGUUGUGUGCCCAGAACACUUAUACCCUUCCGGGUCCUGGAAGCUCAGCCACCUUGAGGAUCACGGCCACUCAGAAGAAGACCCCACAGCCCUGUUCCAGCGCCACCCUCAACCGGCUAACUGUCCCUCGCUACUCCAUCCCCACGGGGGACCCACCCCCUUAUCCAGAAAUUGCUAGCCAGCUGGCACAAGGGCGGGGAGCUGCCCAGAGAAUAGACAGCAGCCUCAUCCACGCGACGCUGAGGAGAAACAACCGAGAAGUGGCUCAGAAGAUGGCUCAACUGGCAGAUAAUCAGCGGGCUACCCUACAGCAUCCACCGAAACCUAAGAGUAGUGUGGUGACUGCCCAGUACCAGCCCAGGCCCCCAGCUGCUCUGUACACCUGUAGCCAGUGCAGUGGCAGUGGAGGUGGCACAAGCAGCAGUGGAGGAAGUGUGGGGGGUGCCAGUACCAGCAGUGGUACAUCUGGCCUCAGCGGUGGCAUGCGGCCUGAUCUGAGCUCAGUGGGCAGCUCCCAACACAGCUCAGUCAUAGCGCACUCGGUUAGCACUUCACCCUUGGCCUCCCAGUCUUCAUACAAUCUGCUGAGCCCACCUGACAACUCUCGUGAUCGGACAGAUUACGUCAACUCUGCCUUCACUGAGGAUGAGGCCCUGUCCCAGCACUGUCAGGUGGAGAAGUCUGUAAGGCAUGCAGCACUAGCUGAGGCAACUCUGGGAGUGAAACGGCCACCUCCUUACCAAUGGGACCCUAUGUUGGGAGAGGAAAUUUGGGUUCCCCAGGAAAGGACAGCACAGAGUUCAGUGCCCAACCCUCUGAAACCACCACCUCUGAUGAUUGGUCAGACCCAGCACCUUGAUGUGUCCCGAGUGCCCUUUGUUUCCCCCAAGUCUCCAACCAGCCCUACUGCCACUUUCCAAACAGGCUAUGGGAUGGGAGUACCUUUUCCAGGAAGCUAUAAUAAUCCCCCUUUGCAGGGAAUGCAGACUCCCUGCUCCCCUAAAGAAGCCCUGUCCCCAACACAAUUUGCACAACAGGAGCCCACUGUAGUACUUCAGCCAGGGUACUCAUCCAGCCUUUCCUAUUGCCCCUUGCCACCCAUGUACCCAGGAAGCAGCACAUGUUCUAGUUUACAGCUGCCACCCAUUGCCUUGCAUCCUUGGAAUUCUUACAGUGCGUGCCCACCUGUGCAGAACUCCCAGGGCACUCUUCCUCCCAAAUCACACUUGGUUGUAGAAAAGCCCAUUGUGUCCCCACCUCCAGCUGAGCACCAAGGCCACCUAGGUACAGAAGUGAUGGUGGAGACUACAGACAAUUUCCAGGAAGUCCUCUCCUUGACAGAAAGUCCUAUCCCACAGAGGACAGAUAAAUUUGGGAAGAAGAACCGUAAGCACCUGGACAGCCGUGCUGAAGAAGGGAACGUCCAGGCUAUCACAGAAGGCAAAGGAAAGAAGGAGGCAAGGACUCUGAGUGACUUCAACUCCCUCAUCUCCAGCCCCCGACUUGGGAGAGAGAAAAAGAAAGUGAAGAGCCAGAAGGACCAGCUGAAGUCAAAGAAGCUCAAUAAGACAAACGAAUUUCAGGAUAGCUCUGAGAGUGAGCCAGAACUGUUUAUCAGUGGGGAUGAGCUAAUGAACCAGAGCCAAGGCAGCAAAAAGGGUUGGAAAACCAAAAGGAAUCUGAGAACAGCCAGUGAGCUGGAGGAAUUCAAGUGCCGUAAAGCAAAUGAAAAGGAGGAUGGGAGGUUAGGGAGUCAGGGAUUUGUAUAUGUAAUGGCUAAUAAGCAGCCUUUGUGGAAUGAGGCAACACAGGUGUACCAGCUGGACUUUGGAGGGCGGGUGACCCAGGAAUCUGCAAAAAACUUCCAGAUUGAGUUGGAAGGGAGACAGGUAAUGCAGUUUGGAAGGAUUGAUGGCAAUGCUUACAUUUUGGACUUUCAAUACCCUUUCUCUGCCGUCCAGGCAUUUGCAGUUGCUCUGGCUAAUGUGACUCAGCGCCUCAAAUGAAAAAAAUGACUCAAAGGAAAAACACAAAGAAACCUUUUCAAAGAAGUCCAAUCCAGAAAAUGCUGGCGGACCUAUGUUGGGUGUAACAGAGGUGCCUGUGAGGACCAGAAGACAACAGCAAACUGGAAACGUCUAUUAGGCCCCCCCAGAGAGGCCACUGAACUGUAAUCGUUAUUGUUUAUUUGGAUUUUAAUAUCCUUUAUCUUUUUUUUAACAAAAGCAAAAUAUAGUGCUGGUGUUUGAAAGCAAAGGGCUGGAACCAUUCAGUGUUAUGUUGGAGAGUGUAGCUUUGGCUUGUGGUAAUGGUUCUACUGUGUUUGCUGAUGUAAAGCUAGUGGGGGAAGGGAGGGAGGGCUGGGAAGAGGGGGGGGAUAGGACAACUGUCCUUUUGGAUGGACUGCCUUAUAUCAUGCUAUUCUUUUAAAAGCAAGGAACAUACAUGUUAUUUUUCAUUGCCUCAUUGUACUCACCUUUUUUUAAACUACCCCAACAUUGACACUGGUAUAAAAAAAACAAAAGCAGAAAUAAUUUCAAACUCCCUCAGAAAAACACUUGAAAAUUCAGGUUCUGUCCAAUGGUAGCUGAAUAUUGCAAGCACCUUUUUUAGGGUGGAUGGAACAAACUGUGAUUUCUAAAUUCUAUGCUGUUAUUAGAAGAGAAAAUAAUUAAAUACCAAUAGGCAUUUUGGCAACACUACGUGAGAGAAAUCUGCUUCUGAAAGGUGAUGUCAUUAGCUGGGGUAAACACAUUUUGCUCUGUAAUGAAACAUGAGGGGAAUAUGGACUGCAAUUUUCCAAUAUUGUCAACAGUAUUUUGUGUAUAUGUAGGUAAGAGGCCUAUUGUGUCACCACACUCCUCUUGCAGUGUAAUGUAUAAGAGUACUUUCAGCAGUUGCCUAAUAUGUGAGAGUUCCUUUCCUAAAAGCCAUGACAAUUGUUUGACUGAAAGGAGGUGAAGAGGCUGUAAUCAGAUCUAGUCAGAUGACCACUUGCUGAGUUUGUUAUACUGAGAAUAAUUUCAGAAGGAUGGUUUGGAUUAUAUGGCCCCUGAAAUCCCUUCCAACUCUAUAAUUCUGUGAUUCGGUAGUGGAAAGAGGAUGAUUUUUCUCCAACCAGUGGUAUGUAACUCCUGCUGAGAACCAACUCCAGUCUCAUCUAAGUUAGAAUAGGUCUAGGUAGAGAUGUUAUUAUAUGGUUUCUCUUUUAUCUUCCAGAUAUGCCUCUUCACUGUUCUCUUUCCUAAAGAGAAAGAUUUUCCUAAAUGUUUUUUCUUUGAAAAUAUGCUUUAGUAUUCUGUGCUACAUAUAAAUUCUAAUAUUCUUGAAGUCAUCUUCCAUCAGGAUGGAAGUUGUAGCUCAUACAUUUAUAAGGGUAUGUUAAGCAAGAUAAUGAAAGAUAUUCCUUUCAGCAAGUUUUGAAAGUUGUCUUUUUGUUCCCCAUGAAUAAAGUUACUUAUUAAAUAGUGCAGAGGAAUAAGAGCUUUUACAAAAAUUGGAAAUGGUCAGAGAGCCUUAGGAAUUACUGUCAACAGCUUGCUUAAAUUUUUUCAAUGGAUUUCUAUUUCACUGGUGUGCUGCUGUCAAGAUAGUCCGCCCGCCUGGGGUUUAUUUGUACAUUCACUUGAAUGAAAGCAUCUUAAAUGGAAGGAGGACAAAAUGGUGGCUGUGCAUUACAAAAUAGGUCCAUCCCAAAUGCUUUUUAAAAAUAUGAUUCUGAAUGUUUUGGCAUUCCAUUGAAUGCCUUUGAACCAUUGGUAUGAAUUUCAUUUCUACACAUUCACCAGGACCUCUCCUCCUUUAACUCAAAAUCAAGAUGGCUCUCCAUAGCAGAGUGCUCCCUUUUUGUAUCACCCUUCAUCCUCUACCUAAGAAACAUUUCAGUGUUUGGGCUCUGAAACCAAGAAAAAAUCUUAACUGAUUUUUCUGAAUACACAAGUUUAAUAUUGUAUUGCUAAACAGUGUUCCUAGGAACAUGUAAAUUUUUAGCUUCAAAUUGUCUACUAGUUUAGGGGCCUGUGUUUGGGUUUUCUUUGAAAACAGGCAAGUGGGAAAUGUAUAAAAAGUUAAAAUAAAAUUUUCAUGAUUUAAGCAUUUAUUUUUAAGUUUCUUAUUUGGUUUUAUGAGCAUAACAUCUAGGCAUAAGAAUUAGAAACAAAAAACUGGCUCAUUCAUUACUCAAAGCAGGAUAGCCAUUCUCUUCAGGCCCCCUCCCCCCCCAAAAAAAAUUGAUAUGAUUUUAAAACAUUAUGAAAGUUACUGUUUGCCAGCCAAAACUGAGUUUAACAUUUUAUAUUUAAACAUUACAAACCAGUUUUUUGGUAGUUAAGUUCUUCUAGGAAGAAUUUAGCAAUGUGUUCAGAAUUAUCUAAUUCUUUUAUACAUUAGUUUUCUGUAGCCUGAUAAUGGCUUUUCAGUGCUUAUUUUUAGUUGUGCAAUAAUUGUUACAGCCUAGUUUUUUAAAUAAUUUAAAUGCAAAUUCUCUUACUGUCCAAGAGACAAAUUAUUUAUCUUGCUUAAUGUAAUUAGUGUUUUUAGGAAUUAUUUUAUUACUAUGUACUGGUGAGUUAUAUCCACUUUCUUAUUUAUAUAAAAAUAAGCAUCCUUGUAACUAAUUAUUUGGUAUCAGUACAUUUUGCUGCAAGAACUGCAGAAUAUGUAUAGAAAGAUUUUGUUUUUGCUGGACAAUUUGCAACUUUUUAUAAUUUAAGGAAAGAAAUCUUAUUAAUCAGGCAGUUUUAAAAAACUACUUUUGAGUAUCUUUCAUUAAGACAAUGGUUUCCUUGUGAUGAUGAAACUUACCUAGAUGUUUUCUUUUUUGUGUUGAACUUUCUUGAUAAAGAUAGUAUAUUUUGGGUGAGGGAAAAUGAGAGAAUGGGAAUAGCAAUGGGGAGGGAAUUUUAAGUAAUCUGCUUUAGACUUUUUUAAGCCCUGUUUGAAUUUCCUGAAGUAGGACAUAAAAGGAUAAAAUACAGAAUAUGCAAUAAAAGCCUUUCCAAAUGAAGGUCAAUGUACAAGAGAAUUCUUUGGAAUUACCAUUGGAAAUCUUUAUGUCAGAUGAGUACAGAAAUUAUGUAACAGAUAAUUAGCCUUUUAACAAAUUCUCAACUUUUUCCCCAAAAGACAAACAUUUUUUCCAUACUUCUUCCCCAAAUAAUUUUGUGCGCUAUUUAGUGCUUCAGCCUCAUUUGGGACCUCUGCUGUUCAGUGUCUAGCUACAAGGAGCAUGCAGCUACUUACUACUUGUCAUCUACUCUAGGAAAGCAUAGAGGACAGAAUAUCCUGGUACCAAAAUAAACGGGAAAUGUAUGUCUAUUGUAGUUCUAUCUAGAGUGGGUUUUGGGGGUUAAGAAUGAUAUUUUUUCUUAUAAAUGAAUUUUAUUUCUCAGAGACCUAAUAACUUUAUAUUGUAAUGAAGUUACAUGUAUAUGCAAAUAUACAUGUAAAUUUGUAUUUGGAGCUCUAAAUUAAAAAAAAAUGUAUUAGUCCUAUAAGAAUCGGCCUCAUGAAGAAUAUUUUCUUUUCACGGAAGAAGGUGCAUAUAUUUAACUUAGAAAGCAGUUUAAAGUUUUUUACUCUAACUUCAUCAAAGAAAAAUAAGAUUUUUUUUUUGCAAACGUAUAUAUAGAAAGGUCACCAUCAUAUUAAGACAAAGAAGGUUGAAAUUUCCUUAGUUUUGAUUGUACUAUAAACCAAGAUGUUUCCCAUGUUAAUUCUAUUUUUUACUUAAACUAUGAUUAACUGUGAUUAACUAUGAUAAACUAUGAUUAACAUCCCUCCAAACCACAAAAACUUGUUAUUAUAUUGUGUUAUAAUACAAAGAACACUAAACUGUGAGUCAAAUUCUAAUAGUUUCUAAUGCUAGCUAGCAUUACCACUUUUCUCACUCUGUGACUUUGGGUAAGUCAUUUGACUUCUCUGGAGCUUACUUUUCUCAUCUGUAAAAAUAAGAGGAUAGGUCCUUUCCAACUCUUAACAGAGUCUGAUGUUUCAAGUGGGAUAUAGUUUUAAGGUUCCACUUAGCCAAUUCAAAUACAGAUUUAACAAAGAGAAAUGUCUUUCUCCAGCACUGUUACUGAUCUACAUAUGAAAUAAAAUUAUUUCAUUUUUAGUAAUCCUUUUAAAUGAUUUGUCACUGGGAAAGAAUUGAUUUGAAAUUUUGUUUACUUUCUAAAAAUUCUCCAGAAACUUUGAACCAAAGAGGAUGACACAGGAGUUUUCUUCUGAUUGUCUCCUGUGUAGUCAGUUUUCCUGCCUAAAAGGCCAUUAAAAGAAACCACCACUCUUUAUUUGCACCAUUUCCACUGAGAAAUUAUAGUGUGUCAUAGGAUGGAAUUAAAAAAAAAAUAUAUAUAUAUAUACACACAUAUAGAUAUGUAUAUAUGUAUAUGUCCAAGAAGACCUAGAAUUCCUAGAAUGUUCUCUCCAUUGUUACACUGGCUUACAAAAGGAUUCUUUUCUCACACAACCUUGAAGAAUGAACCAUCGGAUAUCUGUAAGACAUUUUUCUUUUGGCCAUGUAAAUUGUUUUUAAAAGGCUGGUCAAGAUAAUGUUAAUUUUUUUUAUUCUAAAGAAAAAUGUUUUCACAUAACUAGUAAUAUUUAAGUUCCUAGAAUUUCAUAAUAGCACACAGUUCAUAAUUUGUCACCAUUAUAUGUUUUAUGUCUCCGUUCUAUAAAACUUUGGAAGUUUUCUUUUUUCAUAUAGAAAUACAUAUAUCUGUGGGUUUGUUUUCAAUUAUAUUUUCCUGGUUUUUUCCUUGUAAUUCUUUCUGUUUGGGGUGGGGUGGGGCUUUAAGAUCUUGUUGUUUGUUGUAGAUAAAAUAUAUAUAUAUAGUAUUGUGGAAUAGCAUGGGUAUGCAUUUGACUGAAAAAGGCACUACUAUUGUUUACCAAAAGGGAUAUUCUUUGCAUUUUUUUAUAAAUGCAUUACUUUGGUACUGUAACUUUGUACAUUAUUUCUGAGUUUAUUACAACUUUUUGUCUUUUCUUCCUUUUUUUUCCUUUCAAAUUAAGUGUGCAGUUAUGAAGGUGCAUAAGUCCCAGACUAAACAAGACCAGCAUGCUAUUGUCAGUCCCUUGGAAACAGAGUACACUACUGUGCUGUGUGCUCUUCCAUAAUUAUAUAGCAUUCUAUUUCAAUUGACUGCCUUGCUUUCUUUUACUUACUGAACCAGACAUGUUCAGACCCUGGAUUACAUUGUAAUAAGACUCACCCUAAUCUGCCUCUCCUUAUGUAUUUUGUGUAUUAGAUUGUGAAGGAGGUAUUCUAGAAAGUAUUAAUGGUUUCCAUUUUAAAAGAUGUGGUUUGUCUAAAUUCUUUACUGUCUUUAUUACUGAGAUGGAUCAAUUGCCCUAUUUUUUUUCCUUGAUGAUUUGGAGUUGUAAGAGUUGUCCAGCUGUUGCUUAAUAAAAUUUUGCAGAAUAGAAAAAUAA